CCGAAUUAUAAAUACACGCUCGGCGCAAUCCCCGCAAUCCUCAUCACUACUAGCCAGCCAGCCAGUCAGCCAGCCAGCCACCAGCAGCAGCACCAACUUGCAGCGUGUGCGUGUGGAUACGUUAGCUAGCGCCGUCGCCCUCCGAGCUUUACUUGGCUGGGCCCUCUCGCAGCAGUCUCAGUCGUCACUGAGCCCGCCGCUCUCUCUGCUUGUCCGCACUCUCUCAGCCUGCUGCUGCUCGAUCGCGCCUGCUGCUGCGCCUCUGUCCACCCGCUCACCUCCAUCCCUACAACACUAUGCUCAGCUGCCGCCGGUCCGCCGGCCGCGGCCAUGCCGCCACCUCGGCGGCUCCGGCCUGGGCGCUGCUCGCGAUGCUGCUGACCAGUCAGGCACUUGUGCUUGUGGCCCACGCAAACCAGAACAACAAUAACAACAACCAGAACAACAACAACAACGACAACCGGAACAACAACAACUACGCCAACAUGAACAACUUCGACCAUUUCGGCAAGCCUGAUAACAUGGUGGCAAACUACGGCAACAACAACAACAACAAUAACAACAACAACUGGGGCGGUCUGCCCUCCCACUUCAGCAACGACACCACCUGGGCCAUGUACCAACUCAACCCCUUCCAGGGCCCGGCCCACACCGGCAACCCCGCGCGCGACGACGCGGCCGAGCAGGCCAAGCUGCAGGCCGUGCAGGCGGCACUCAAGGGUGAUCCGUCUGUGGCCGCGGUGGUGGCGCCCUCGCUGCUGCUGUCCUCGGCCAUCCUGCUGACCGUGUCGCCCUCCCUCGCCACGGCCUCAACCGGGGUUGGCAUUGCCUCAGCGCUCAUCGGCAACAUCGCGGCCUGGACCCUGUGGAUGAACGACGCCGCCAUCUUCUUCACGACCCUGGGCGACAACCGCCGCCGGAACCUGCUGGCCACCGACGGCACCGACGGCCUCGACAGCGGGGGAGCCAAUGACACUGAGACCCAGCUGUUCCGCAGCCAGCUGCUGGACCAGAUGCGCUCUGCCACCACCCAGAUGCGCGACUGGGGCGGCCGCGUGGGCACCCUGCGCAAGAGCCUGCAGCAGGGCCCCUUCCAGCAGUACCUGUCCGACCAGCGCGGCGCGCUCAAGACCGCACGUGACGCCAUCACCGCCGUACAGAACACGAAUCUGGGCAAGGCGCUGGGCCUGCAGGGCGUGGGCCUGCAGGGCUUCAACGGCAACCAGUGGCUCACACAGCUGCGGGACGCCGCCCAGAGCGCCGGCGUGGGGACCGGCGGCGCCCUGGGCGGCGGCGGCGCGGCCGGAGCCAACUUCAUGCAGCGGAUGGCCGAGAUGAUGGGCAAGGCGUUCCAGGGCUGAAGUAAUGAAGCGCCAGACAUGGCGGUGGUGGACAUUUGACAUCGUAUGAAUGGGUGUGAUGAAACGGAUAUCAGAAUGUUGUCGUGUGGGAGGGAGGUGGCCGGCAGGUAAGGCGGCGACGUGAGCAACGCUGCUGAAGUUGCGAUGCAGCAAACAAAGUAGAACGGUCGUUGGGGAGCAAUAAGCGAGCAUAGGCGGGGAAUGGAAAUAUGGUAUGCAUUUGCUGAUGAUGGCUUGUAGUGCGGAAGCGAUCACCGUUCGCAGCAGCUCAUGCAUUUGCCACGUGAUCUCAUCCAAGUGACACAUACAAGCUAGGUUGUACGUGAUCCAUGCAAUGCGUUGUCUGCUGUGUGCGUUGACGCCGCAUGCAGGCCUAGAGGCGGCGGCGGUGGGCCGGUGGGAUGAGGAGGGGUGUUGGGACGGGGGCUGCUGGACGCGCGUGUGUGCGCGCUGUGUGCUGUGUGGUGGUGUGGGCAUGGAUGGGGGCGGGCAAUAAGGUGAGUGGCAGUGGUUCGGCUCGUGUGUGUAGGGGACGGGGGACGAACGCACGUAUGCAUCCAGUGCUAACAGGGGCGGGGUGGCGGGGACUGGGGGCGUCCAGCCCACCACCGGCUGCAUGUAGGGGCUGUAGCUGCUGCCUGGCCACGGGGCCGCGACACUACAGCACUACUGCUACUGCCGGCAGCCGGCCACGGCGCCGCCCCUCGUGAUCCGCAUCUGGGCGGGGAAAGUAUAGUAGGGGUAGUUGAGUGGGGGAAGAAUGAAAGGCACGUGCCCCGAACGCACAGGUUCCGUGUGGUUAUGUAGUGUGUGUGGGAGGGGGGGGGGGGUUCGGAACGGUUGUAAGCAUUCUGGUUG